AUGGAUGCAGUAGAAAUGAAAAGGUGGUGUAACGAAUAUCAGUUACUGUCUGCUAAUGCCAUAGUUCUGAGUGGUGUUUCUGAUGUGACAGACGAUGUUUUACUUGCAGCUCUUGGCACAGUCAAGGCUUUUGGAAAGUCCAAAAUAGUAGAUAAACGCACAGAUGCGACUACCAAGUCUGACUUUGUACUUGUUACAACCUCUGCCAACGUGACUGGACAGACGUUACCGGAUGAUGUCGGCAUUCCUGGCGAAGUUGGUCCAUGGCCUGUUCAUGUGCUGCCUGUGCCUCCAAAAUGUGAGAAGUUUCAAGCUAAGCUGCUGACAUUCCUUCGUAGUGAGGGCAAGAGCAUUGCUGAUGUUAAAGGACUGUUAGACCCUACCCCUUUAGAUGUAAACAGUGCUCUCGUCAAUGCCAUCAGCUCUCUUGUGGACAAGUGCAACUCUUCACCUGCUGAUACUCAAAGCUACAGAAAGCUGCGGAUGUUCUCAGGGGUGAUACCGACCCCUAGUGGAGAAGAGGAGUAUGAUGCUUGGGCAGAGCAAACUACACACAUGCUGGAAGAAUGGCAGAGUGGGGACAAUGUUAAAAGACAAAGGAUUGUGGAGAGUCUAAAAGGUCCCGCUGCUGACAUAAUGAGAUUCUUGCGAGCACAAAAUCCCAAUGCCACAUCAAAUGAUUAUAUGCAAGCAUUGGAAACAGCAUUUGGAACCACUGAAAGUUCAGCCGACCUCAGGUUCAGACACAAAUUUCACAGCGAAGGAGAGAAACUGUCAGCAUACCUGCUACGACUGGAUAAACUGCUGCACUGUGUUCUCCGGAAGGGAGGCUUACAUGAACUUCUGAAGGAAGUCAGAGAGGAAGAGGAUAUGCUACAAAGUAGAAAUGACACAAAGAAUGCUGUGAUGUCAAAAGCAGUUACUUCUGUUACAAAGACCUCGCCAGAGAUUAAACCUGACCAUGAGAUGGAAUGA